AUGCCCUCCAAGGCUCCCUCCAAAGCUCUCCCUGCCUCCCAAUCCAAGGCCCAGACUCAUAGUCAGUCUCAUGGCAAGUCCAGAACUCUGGGUGUCACAGCUGUGACAACUCCCAAGACCCAGAUGCAUGGUCACAGCAAGACUAUCACUGCUGUCAAGGCACCCGCACCUGCACCAGCUUCACUUCUGUCUUUGAGUUUGGCAGUCCCUGCUGCAGCACCCAGUGUGACAAUCAUGUUCAGGCUGGCCUGCUAG